CUGCGCAUGCGCAAGGUCCUAAUGGAAGAGGAUGAGAGAGGGACAGAGCGGGCAGUUGGAGGGGCCCCAGUGGCAGGACGCAACCUGAAGGCCUGGCUGCAAGAUCAGUACUGCGACCAUGAUCUGGAGCAGUGCCAGGACACACUGUUACAUAAUGCCGCUUGUGUGGGGGACAUUAAUACCUUGAGGACCCUGUUACAGGAGGAAAGGUUCCUGAGACGUAUUAAUGAGAAGUCUGUGUGGUGCAGUGGUUGGCUUCCCUGCUCCCCGCUCCGUAUUGCCUCCACUGCUGGUCAUGCAGAUUGUGUCGCUCUCCUUAUUGAUUUCGGAGCACAGCUGGAACUGGUGGAUGUUAAAGGCCAAACACCACUGUUUGUGGCCACAGAAAAUGGACACUUGGACUGCGUGAAAGUUCUUCUGAAGGCUGGAGCAGAUCCCAACGGGAGUCCGCAUAAUAGGAGCUCCCCAGUAUACCAUGCUGCACGAGUGGGCCGUGCUGAUAUACUACAAGAGCUAAUCCGAUACGGAGCCGAUGUGGAUGUUGACCGUCAGCUGUCAGGUGGUCUUGGUUCUUCACCACCCCGAGCUCUGGCAUCAUUAACUUGUACCCCACUGUACAUAAGUGCAGCCUAUCACAACCUCCCAUGCUUCCGCCUCUUGCUUCAAGCUGGUGCCAAUCCUGAUUAUAAUAGUUGGAGCCCAGUGUGUGAAGCAAACCUUGUACGCUCAUCUCCAAUAUGCUUGCUGGAGGCAGUUUUGCGCCAUGGUUGUGACAAGCAGUUUGUUGAACUCCUCAUUGAUUUUGGAGCAAAUCUGAGUCUUUUACACAGAGAACCAACUUCUGAAGAGCAUCCCAGAAAGAAAGUGAACCCAGAGGCCUUGCAAGUCUUCAGAGAAGCAAAAUGUCUUCCCCGGACUCUGUCAAGCCUUUGUCGUAUUGCUGUGAGAAGAGCGAUUGGUAAACUCAGACUGUAUUCGAUUAGCAGCCUUCCUGUUCCUGAUCGUGUCAUACGUUUCCUUCUCUGUGAGCAGUAACACAACCUAAAUAUCUAAUAUGAAUGCGCGCACACACACGUCUUCCUAACAAUGGAAAUUAAGGAGUCUUUUUUUUUUUUUUUUUUUGCUUCAGGAAGGUUUUUUAUCACUGUGUGAGUGCCUUAUUCCAACACCUUUUAGAUUCUUACUUCCAAUUAAUUUUCUUCAAGAGUCACUGUACUUUCACACAACUUAACUUGUACAAUAGUACAAGUGAUCACAAGAAACUUUGUAAUAUGGUUUAUCAGUGAGAAAUGUCUAGUUCUCCUGUUAUCAACUGUUUACCCCUCCUUCCUAAUUGCUUUUCACUUUAAAAAGUGCUUUGAAUUCUGUCUCGAGACACAGCAGGGCCACAGGAGAAUCAUAUUGCACAUGUCAGAAUAGAGGUUUUCUGAUUAGGACAGACCCUGUUUAUUUGACUGGUCCUUCAGUGCGAAGUUGAUCAUGGGGUAUAAUGCUGCUAGAAUCCCCAAAUAUGUUCUGUAAUCUGCUAGGCCCCCAGCAACCCCUUUAAACUUGAUGCAACAUAAUGGCCCUUACGUAUCUACGCCAGAAAUCUGUCUAAAAAGUGGUACAAAUUGGCGCAUCCGGGGAAAAUUGAUCAAAGGUUUUAUGGCACAAUAGUGGCAUAAAAAAGUUGAAAAUUAUGGUGCAUGCUAUAUUUGCCUCAUAGUUUGCUACUUUUAGAAAUUCUAAACUAAAAGUGACAAGAAAAGGGGCCUGGGCUAUGGAGAAGGGGCAGGGUUUAGCAGAUUUACAAUAACGUACGGCAUAAUCUGGCACAGACUCGAGUUUCUGGCACAUGGCAGGGCAGAGAUGCGCCAAACUUGAGAGGCAUCUGCCUCUUAAUGAAUUAGGUGCAUCUUCCUCCAGUGCAGAGAGAUCAAUCCAACAUAGAAGCGAAAAAUCUAGCACUGGGAGGUGGCAAAUUAUCUGUAAAAAUCAGUUCUUAAUCCAUGGAAAAAUGGGUUUAUAAACAAAUUGCAUACCCAUGCGUUUCAAGCAUGGAAAUUGCUCUUACUCAUGGCAUCAAAUCAAGACAGGCGUAGGAGAACCCCAGACACAUUACAGUAGUAAAUCUUGGCCAAUGUGCCAAAUUUUGGUGCAUUUUGCUGCAAGUUUUAGUUGCAAUCACAUUAGUAAAUGUGGGUUAUUGAUUUAGUAACAAUUUACAAUUUAAUGUUGGAAAGCUGUAGGAGGAGAAGGGUCCUUAAAAAGUACAAGGUUUUAUUCAGUCUUGAAUCAGAAAUUCCUGAGACUGAAAAUCUGUUCCAAUUAUCUGAAUGUAGCUGUUUUGGCGGCAAGUAUGUGGAUGUUUGCAAGCCCCGUUCAGACGACUGGGACAGUGGCAGAAAUUUCUGCAGUAAAUUUGAAUAUUUGCAUUUGAAUAUACUGUAAGGGUACUUUCACACUAGCGUUUUUCUUUUCUGGCAUAGAGUUCCGUCACAGGGACUCUAUACCGGAAAAGAACUGAUUAGGCAUAUCCCCAUGCAUUCUGAAUGGAGAGUAUGUCUUCA